AUGGCGUUCAUGACGAAGAAAAAGAGAUAUAAGUUUGAGGUACAGUGUUGCUUGGAGGAGCUGACGGAGGUACCAUUCGUGUCUGCCGUGCUCUUCGCCAAGGUGCGGCUGCUCGACGGUGGCAACUUUCAGGAUCAUUCUAGCAGGGAGGAGGUCCGCAAACACGCGGUGCGGUGGAACGCGAAAUUUUCAUUUGUUUGCAAAAUGUGUGCUAACGCGAACACAGGCGUGCUUGAGCCCGCGCUGCUGCGGGUAUCGGUGCGGAAGGAGUGCAAAGGUGGCAGAUCGUACCAAAAGCUGGGCUUCUGCGACGUGAACCUGGCCGAGCUGGCGGGCGCCGGCGAGACCACGCGGCGGUGCCUACUCGAGGGGUACGACCCGCGCCGCCGGCAGGACAAUUCGGUGCUGCGAAUACGAAUCAAGAUGAAUAUGAUCUCAGGAGACCCGCUCUUCAAAGUUCCGGAAAGGAAACAAGAAGUAGCGGAAAAGACGGGGGGCGACAGCGGGUCGGAGAGCGCGGCGGCGGCGGACGACGACUGCGCCUCCUCCACCGCCAGCUCCGGCUUCGGCUCGCUCACUAAGAAGAAGAAUUAUGAGGGCGUGACGCCGGCGCUGUCGUCGCUACCCUCGUGCGAGCUACCCUCCCCCGACGCGGAGGACGCGCCCGCCCUCGCCGCCCUGCCCGCGCCGCCCGCGCCGCCCGCCUUACCUGACUACCCGGGUGUCGUGAUGUCACAGAACCCGGGCGCGGGCGCGGGCGCGGGCUGCGCGGCGUGCCAGCAGCACACGCACUCGCGCAACUCCUCCAACACCUCGGGCGACAUGAGCAGCAAAGCGUCGGGGUACGGCAGCUCGGUGUCGGCCGCGUCCGCGCACUCGCGCCAGAGCUCCGAGGGCGACUCCGCCGGCGAUUGCCGCCCGCACCACAACAGAGCCUCCGCGGCGACCGACGAAAACAUCCGCGUAGAGCGCACCACCACCACCACCACCACCCUGUACGUGCCCUCGCAAAGCAAGCAGACCGGUCGACCGCUCGCCAAGUUGCUGCUAGAGAAAACCAUUCUCACCGAGACCUCGGACAUGUUCCUCUCCCCCGACACCACCCUCACGUCGCCGGAGUACCUCACCCCCAACUGCACCCUCACGGGGCCCCCCGACGUGAUCCCGCGCCGCGUCCUCUCCCCCGCCAGCGACGAGUACAAGACCCCGGACAGCACCUUCUGCGACGACCACUCCUUCGCGAUGCCCACCUACUUCGACCAGAAGAGGAGAGCGGCCUCGGUCAUCGCCUCCGCGGUCGAGCCCCUCACCAACUUCCAAGUGUUCAAACAAAAGUCCCUCAACACGAUACCGGCUCUGGUCGAAAAGAACAAGCGCAACGAGGAGCUGUUCACCAACUUCCCGUUCCUGACGCCGCUCGCGCACAGGAAGAACUCGCUGCUGUCCGCCUCGCACCUGCCGUCGCUCACGGGCUGCGUGGAGGACGAGUUCUACUGCAUACCCUCGGAGGCGGAGGCGGAGUGCGUGGACGUGCGCCGCCGCCUCGCGCCCCGCGGCCCCGCCGCCUGCGCCAGG